UAUUGGAUUUGAUGCUCAAUACACUAGAAACAAACAAGCAAAGCAUCUAUUUAUUUCUACUCGCGUAAAGUUAGAACAAAAAUGGCGAAAUAGUCUGGCUGGCCUUUUUCACAAUUUCUAAAUGUUGAAUCGAGACGAUAUCUGUUGAACAUMACCAAUUUUUACAACCCUUGCAUCAAUCAAUAGAAUAGUUAGCUAGUAACGUUCGUAAACUAACUGAGGUUUGAGGUCAGUCUACUUCUCUCGAACGUCUGUUCUCAGGCCACAUACGAGUGAGUUGCAACAGUGGCAGUUCAAAAACAGCGGUUGAGGCUUGUUCUUCAAGGGCAACUAUUUAAGUUGCCAGUAUACAGUAAUUAUUGUUAGAUACCACGACAAACCAAAACAAAAAUUAUUCUGACUGGUGUCUUCAUAAAAGUGUGACUUCGAUGGAUCUCUCUGCAGUGCACCGGCAAGUCACACGCCUACAGGUCGCUGUAUCCAUAUACAAUGAUAAAGGGAGAAGAACCAUUACCUACGUGACAAGCAAACCCAGGUGAUUGUGAAAGGCACUGGAUGGAUAGCAUCGACGCUGAAGUCUUGUACCUGUCCACGGAGCAGCAUGGGCAGCCACAAUGUGAGCUUCCCCACACUGCCCUGGAGGUACCCACCAUGGGAGGGGCAAAGAAGAUGAAUGGGACCCUGGACCACCCGGACCAGCCCGACAUCGAUGCUAUCAAGAUGUUUGUUGGCCAGAUCCCACGGUCCUGGGCAGAGGAACAGCUGCGGGAGCUUUUUGAGCCUUACGGCGCRGUCUACGAAAUCAAUGUGUUGCGUGACAGGAGUCAAAACCCCCCACAGAGCAAAGGUUGUUGUUUCAUAACAUAUUACGCUCGCAAAUCAGCGUUGGAAGCACAAAAUGCCCUUCACAACAUGAAAAUUCUCUCUGGGAUGCAUCACCCCAUUCAGAUGAAGCCAGCUGACAGUGAGAAGAAUAAUGCGGUGGAAGACAGGAAGUUGUUCAUAGGGAUGAUAUCGAAAAAGUGUAAUGAGAAUGACAUCAGACUUAUGUUCUCGCCGUACGGACAGAUCGAGGAAUGUAGAAUACUACGUGGGCCGGAUGGACUGAGCCGUGGUUGUGCGUUUAUCACUUUUACAGCAAGACAGAUGGCACAGUCAACAAUCAAAUCCAUGCACCAAUCACAAACUAUGGAGGGCUGUUCGUCUCCCAUCGUAGUGAAGUUUGCCGACACGCAGAAGGACAAGGAGCAGAAGCGCAUCGCCCAGCAGCUUCAGCAGCAGAUGCAGCAGCUCAACGCUGCCUCAAUGUGGGGGAAUCUGACUGGGCUCAACUCUCUGGGUCCACAGUAUCUGGCACUUUAUUUACAGCUCCUCCAGCAGUCUGCCACCUCUGGGAAUACCCUCAACAACCUUCACCCCAUGUCUGGUAUGUCAGGGCUGAAUGCCAUGCAGAACCUGGCUGCUCUGGCAGCGGCGGCCAGCGCCACACAGGCCACGCCCACGGGCAGCAGCGCUCUCACCACCUCUAGCAGUCCCCUCAGCGUGCUCACCAGCUCAGGUACGGGUACUGGACAGCAGGCACACUCAUCAUGGGACACCUACAAGGCAGGAUCGUCACCCACCUCCUGUAACAACAACUCAGUGAACCCCAUGGCCUCUUUAGGGGUGCUGCAGUCGUUGGCCGCAGGGGCUGGAGCCGGCCUCAACAUGGGCUCACUUGCAGAGCUCCUGUGUCUAGGAAUGGCAGCCCUGAACGGUGGUCUAGGCAGCGGGGGCAUGUCGAACGGAACUGGUAGCACCAUGGAAGCCCUUACCCAGGCCUACUCCGGGAUCCAGCAGUACGCUGCUGCUGCCCUCCCCAGCCUCUACAACCAGAGCCUGCUCUCCCAACAGAGUGUCAGUGCUGCAGGGAGCCAGAAGGAAGGCCCWGAGGGAGCCAACUUGUUCAUAUACCACCUCCCCCAGGAGUUUGGAGACCAGGACCUGCUCCAGAUGUUCAUGCCCUUUGGCAACGUUAUUUCCGCUAAGGUGUUCAUUGACAAGCAGACCAACCUCAGCAAGUGUUUUGGCUUUGUGAGUUACGACAAUCCAGUCUCAUCUCAGGCCGCCAUUCAGUCGAUGAACGGUUUCCAAAUUGGUAUGAAGCGACUAAAGGUGCAGCUGAAGCGAUCCAAAAAUGACAGCAAGCCAUACUGAGCGCUUUAUCUCUCAAUUGGACUUGGUUAGGAAAUGUUUUUUUCUGAUAUCUUCGUGCCCGUUUGUUCAUCGUUUGCCUAGCAUGUUGAUGUGACGUCAAAAGUUCAUCGUCCAGUUCGUUGUCCUCUGCACUUCUCUGAUGCUUGAAUUGUUCACCUUUUUGACCUUUUGGCAUUUAUUGGGUGGG